AUGCUCUUCAAGUCACUCAUUUCAACCACGCUUGCCGUGGCCGGACUAUCCCAGUCUGUAGCUGCCAGCUUUCCAACCAUUGAAAUUUCAGGCAACAAGUUCUUUUACUCCAACAACGGUUCGCAGUUCUACAUAAAGGGAGUAGCCUACCAGGCCGACACUUCUGGAGCCACGAACACGUCUUUUGUUGAUCCUCUGUCUGACAAGUCCACUUGUGAACGUGAUAUCCCAUAUUUGCAGAAGUUGAGCACAAACGUUAUUCGUGUUUAUGCCUUGGACAGCGACGCAGACCACUCUGAUUGUAUGGGUUUGCUCCAAGAUGCUGGAAUCUACGUGAUUGCUGAUUUGGCCGAGCCAAAGCUCUCGAUCAGUACCUCGGAUCCAUCUUGGACCGUUGAGUUGUACGAGCGUUACACCAAGGUCGUAGACGAGAUGCAGCAGUAUGACAACACCUUGGGUUUCUUUGCCGGUAACGAGGUUGUGACUAACCACUCCAACACCGACGCUGCUGCCUUCGUCAAGGCUGCUGUUAGAGACAUCAAGGCUUACAUCAAGGACAAGGACUACCGUACCAUUCCAGUUGGUUACUCUGCCAACGACGACUCCAAGACCAGAGUGUCCAGUGUGGACUACUUCUCGUGUGGUGAUGAAGACGAGAGAGCAGAUUUCUAUGGUAUCAACAUGUAUGAGUGGUGUGGUAGCUCCAGUUUCAGCGGCUCUGGAUACGAGGACAGAACUGAGGAGUUUUCUGAUUUGCCAGUUCCAGUCUUCUUCUCCGAAUACGGAUGCAACACAGUUACUCCAAGAAAGUUCACUGAGGUCGGAACUCUUUUCUCCAGUAAGAUGACCGAUGUCUGGUCCGGAGGUAUCGUGUACAUGUACUUCGAGGAAACCAAUAACUAUGGUCUCGUCACCAUUGACGACGACUCUGUUUCCACUCUUGAUGACUUUGGAUACUACUCCUCCGAAAUCGCGUCCGUUUCUCCAACCUCUGCCACCUCUGCCUCUGUCACUGCUGUUAAUACCCUCAAGUGCAACUCCACUUACACCAGCUGGAAGGCCAAGAACACUUUACCACCAACUCCUCAAGACUCCGUGUGCAGCUGUAUGAGCAACUCUCUGUCCUGUAUCGUUUCAGACGACGUUGACGAGGACGACUACUCAGACCUCUUCAGCACCGUUUGUGGUCUCGUCUCCACCUGUGUCGGUAUCAAUGCUGAUGCCAGCUCCGCGACUUAUGGUGCUUACUCCUUCUGCAGUUCCAAGGAAAAGCUCUCUUUCGUCCUCGACCUCUACUACCAAGAGCAAGACGGUGACAGCAGUGCCUGUGACUUUGACGGAUCUGCCACCCUCGGUGGAAGCUCCAGCACCGGUGACUCAUGCUCUUCUGUCCUCAAGGAAGCCGGUACUGCUGGUACUGGAACCGUCACAGCCACUUUGACCGAGUCGGAGUCCACCAACACUUCUGACUCUGACUCUGACUCUGACUCUUCAUCUUCUGGAUCUUCCAAGUCUUCCAAGUCUGGCUCUUCCUCUUCGGCCUCUUCGUCUUCCAAGAGCAGUGCUGCCGGUUCCAUGAGAUCCCCAAUCGCCUCCUUCAACGACUUGUCUGUCACCAUCGGCCUCGGUGCCUUUGUUGCCAUCAGCAUGUGCGUUGCAUUGCUGUAG